CUGAACCAGCUGGGCGCGCAGCAGUUCUCAGCCCUGACAGAAGUGCUUUUCCACUUCCUGACCGAGCCGAAAGAGGUGGAGAGGUUUCUGGCUCAGCUCUCUGAAUUUGCCACCACCAAUCAGAUCAGUCUCGGCCCCCUCAGAAGCAUCGUGAAAAGCCUCCUUUUGGUUCCUAAUGGUGCCUUGAAGAAGAGUCUCACAGCCGAGCAGGUCCGGGCUGAUUUCAUCACUCUGGGUCUUGGUGAGGAGAAGGCCACUUACUUCUCUGAAAAGUGGAAGCAGAAUGCCCCCACCCUCGCUCGAUGGGCCAUAGGUCAGACUCUGAUGAUUAACCAGCUGGUAGAUAUGGAGUGGAAAUUUGGAGUGACAUCUGGGAGCAGCGAACUGGAAAAAGUGGGAAGUAUUUUUUUACAAUUAAAGUUGGUGGUUAAGAAAGGAAAUCAAACUGAAAAUGUAUAUAUCGAGUUAACCUUGCCUCAGUUCUACAGCUUCCUGCACGAGAUGGAGCGAGUCCGAACCAGCAUGGAGUGCUUCAGCUGAUUUCUGUCCCCCUGCCUCUGCACCGUGCCCCUCCCUGCGCCCUCCUCUUCCGUGGUGACUACUCUGAGGGCCGCCGCUCACAGGCCUGUGGGGCCUGAUUUGGCCCUGCUUCGGAGCCCAGGUGCGAAGCUUUCUGAAAAACAAUGGGAUUAAGUACUCAGCCCUGCACAAUCACCUUGCACACUUUUGUUAGGGAACCUCCACCACGUCUCUCCCAGGACACUUUUUAGAUAUUCAGACAGGCUUUUGCGUCUCAGAUUCAGGGGAGGAGAUAAACUGAGUCACCCCCCCCCCAAUCAAAGUUCCAGAGUAAAUAAAUGGUGCCGUCGCUCAAGAUGCCUGUGAUCACCCUCCCC